AUGGACACCUUACCUCAUCAUCUCCUCGACGAGAUUCUCUUCAGAAUAGACCACAGAUCUCUGGCCAUGAUACAAUGCACAAAUAGAUCUCUUCAAUCUCAUAUAUCCAAAACCCCUAACUUUGCAUCCGAAUACUUUUCUCGGAUCAGAUCAAGUUUGCUAUACAUAGCAACCCAUGGCUGCCCUUUGAUCUGCUACCACCUCUACGGUGAUUCUAGGUCACCGCGAACAGUAGAAACCUUGACGCAGUGUCACAUUUUAGGCUAUUGCUCUGGCCUUCUUCUACUCUUCCUUAAUAAAAAUCUCUGCGUCGCAAAUCCUCUCACAAAGAAGUUUCGUUUUUUGAAUCACUCUAGGUCAAAGUUUUUCCCUACGGAUUUUACUCUUCGAGGAGGUCGUCAACAAGUCAUCGGGUUCGCCGUUGAUCAGACUGAUCGAACCACCCCGAGUUUCAAAAUCGUCAACAUAAAAGAGGGAGCUGUUCACUGGCUAAGAAAUGACGGAUCUAUCGUAGCUUUCAACCUAAAAACAGAGAAAGCACGACUAAUUCCGAUUAGAUUCCCCAAAGAACUUUGUUUAAAAACGUUGUUCACAGCCGUAGAUAAUAAUUUAACCUUGAUAUCGGCGACGGAAGAAGUCAUUUACGUUUAUGCCUUCCAUAACAUUCUUAGUGAUCCCAAGUGGGUCCUCGUGAAGCAAAUUCGGAACGGGGUACUGGACGAGAAGAGGCUAUAUAGUUGGUACGUGGAGGCUUACGAUGGAAAGUCUUUAGUGUUGAGGGAGACAAUAUUGAAGAAGGACUAUUAUAACAAGCAUCUGAAGCAAGUACUUCAUGGGUACGACCUGAGAGCUAAUAAGUGGGAAGUCAUAGGUUCGAUUCCAGAGUGGUCCCCUUCAGGUCUAGACUUUUAUCAGUUUACACCGUCGCCUUCUUCGGUGAUAGGACUUGAUGACAAGGAGGGGGAAGAGAUAUUGGCUUGUGAUGAUAAACGUAUCCCUUCUGUAAACGCCAUUAUGAGACUGAUUUAUGGAAUCUCAUGA